CCCUGAGAGCCCAACAGACUCACUGCUAGUACAGAGAGAGGCAGGCACACAGAACGCGAGUUCAAUCUCCCUCUGAGAAACACAUAUUCACGCACAAAAAAUGAAUGAGUGAAUUAAACAUUAAUUCAAACAACAACAACAAAAUUGCCGCAGACUCUACAACACGCUUCAAGAACAGCCGGUGUUAACGCAUUGAUCUUCACUCUCGUGUUUUUGUUGUUCUGGGAAUGAACAACUUGGACAGCUCUGAUUUCUGUCACCGUAUUUUUUGAACAAAGUGGAUAUUUUUUUCUUCUCCUGCUGAAGAAGGAGAAGGAAGAAUCUUCAAAACAAGGACACUGCAGAAAAAUCUGGAGACCCAUUGAAACUGCAUCAGCACCAACAGCAGCAGCAUCUUCACCUGUCUCCCCUGAGGAGUGAUCCCCUCCCUAGCGCUCAGCUCCACACCGGCACCAGUAGGGAAAGGAUGGCCGCAGCCAAGACAGAGAUGCUUCUGCCAGCCCUGCAGAUCUCAGACCCCCUGAGCUUCCCCCACUCCCCCAUGGAUAACUACCCCAAGCUGGAGGAGGUCAUGCUGCUCCACUCAGCGGGGACCCCCUUCCUCACCGCCUCAGCGCCAGAAGGUGCAGGGUUCGGGACCGGUGAGCCGGGAGAUCAGUACGACCACUUGACUGGAGAUACACUCCCCGACAUCUCCCUGGGCUGCGAGAAGCCCCUGUCAGAGCAGAGCUUCACUGCCCAGAGGCUGCCCCCCAUCUCCUACACGGGGCGCUUCACCCUCGAGCCCGCCACCACCUGCAGCAACAGCCUGUGGGCGGAGCCCAUCUUCAGCCUGGUCAGCGGAUUGGUGGGGAUGACCAACCUGCCCGCCCCCUCGGCCCCAUCCACGGCCGCCUCUGUCAGCUCCUCCUCUUCCUCCUCCACCUCCUCCUCCUCCUCCCAAUCCAGCCUUGGCUGCUCCAUCCACCUCAGUGACCCCAAUCCCAUCUACUCGGCCGCGCCCACCUACUCCUGUGCCAGCCCCGACAUCUUCCCCGAGCAGAGCCAGUCCUUCCCCAGCCCCGCGGGCGGUGCCAUCCAGUACCCACCCCCCGCCUACCCUGGCGGCAAGGCCUCCAGCUUCCCUGUGCCCAUGAUCCCAGACUACCUCUUCCCCCAGCAGCAGACCGAGGUCGGCCUCAUGCCCCCCGACCAGAAGCCCUUCCAGUCUCAAUCUGGCCAGCAGCAGCAGCAGCCUCUCACCCCGCUGUCCACCAUCAAGGCCUUCGCCACCCAGACAGGGUCCCAGGACCCGAAGGGCGCCUACCCGUCACAGCUGAUCAAGCCCGGCAGGGGUGGCCGCAAGUACUCCGCCCGGCCGAGCAAGACCCCGCCCCACGAGCGGCCCUAUGCCUGCCCCGUGGAGACCUGCGACCGCCGCUUCUCCCGCUCGGACGAGCUGACCCGCCACAUCCGCAUCCACACGGGUCAGAAGCCCUUCCAGUGCCGCAUCUGUAUGCGCAACUUCAGCCGCAGCGACCACCUGACCACCCACAUCCGCACGCACACGGGCGAGAAGCCCUUCGCCUGCGACGUCUGCGGCCGCAAGUUCGCCCGCAGCGACGAGCGCAAGCGCCACACCAAGAUCCACCUGCGGCAGAAGGACAAGAAGGUGGAGAAGGUGCCGCUCCCUGUCUCCGCCCCCUCCCCGGCCUCUAGCUACCCCUCGCCCGUCGCAUCCUACCCGUCCCCUGUCUCCUCCUACCCUUCCCCGGUGCCCUCCUGCUACUCCUCGCCCGUGCACACCUCGUACCCGUCCCCCUCAGCCGCCACCACUUACCCCUCAGUCUCUGGCACCUUCCAGACGCAGGUGGCCACCACGUUCCCCUCCUCCAUGGCCUCCAACAUCUACAGCUCCCCCGUGGCCACGCCUCUGUCGGACAUUCAGUCCACCCUGUCACCGAGGACAAUCGAGAUCUGCUAAGACAUCCCUCCUUUUUUUAACUCUCUCCCCCUCCACCUCCACUCUGAACAAGCAGCUUAAGAGACUUGUUACCCCCUUCUGCAAAGCACUUUUUUUUUUGCUCUCCCACUCCCUCUGCUGUAUAGACUGUUGAGUACCUAAAGACACGUCAAAGACAUUGGAGAGGAAAGAGCUACAGAGAAAAAGACUUGAACCAGCGACAGGGACCUCCCCCUCCUCGCAGUCCAAUGCCUGAAUUCUUAACGCUUAACACUCUCCAAUUCAAGGACACUCAAGCAAAUUUGACACAAUGAGAGGCAGACACUCACAAAGACUUUGAUGAUAUACAUAAGCUAUAUGUAUAUUGUACGUGUGCCAUUUUUGUUUCUUUUUCAUUAUUUGGUACUAUUGUAUAAAAACCUUCUUUGCAUAUUUACAUUGUAUCAUUUCGGAAUUAGCAGGGCCAUGUUUUAUAGCUAUUUUCUCUAUUACGUAGUGAAAAUAACGUGAUACGUUUUGAAUUUGUUUGGGGAAAAAAAGCAUGUGUUCAAGUGAAGUUGCUUUCUAUUACUUUGUAAAUAUCAUCCACCGGUACUUUCUCUCUUUCUUUCUCUCUCACUCUUUCACAUGUAGCAAAAAGGUCUGUUUCAAAAAAAAAAAAAGUGAGACAAAAACAGUUUAAAAAACGUUUUUGGUGCCUUUUGUGAAGCCUAGCUGACGAUUUGACAUGAUGCGACUGGGUGCAUUGCAUCUGCAGAGCCUUAAAGCGUAAGGGAUAUUUUUACAGAACGUAAGAGGGACUUUAAGGGAAGCCGAUGAAAAGACUUGAGGUCACAGCUUCAUUUCUUUAGAAUGUAAGCAAAAAAAAGAGAGAAAAUCUCAAAGGUCUAUUUUUGUAAUUGAAGUGUAAAUAUCUACAUAUUCAGAAGUUGGAAUGUUGUAGUUACCUACUGAGUAGGCAUGGGAUUUUUUUUGUAUGUGAUACACAUGCAGCUCAUAAUUUUGUGGUUAUUAUUUUUUUGUAAUUGUGUUUGUCGAACCAAGUGACUGUUUCUGGCUUCUAAAACACAUUGAAUGCGCUUAACUGCCAAUGGGAUAUUUGAUGUACAAGAUAUCCUCCA